AUGAAUUCAUUAUACAAUCACGGGCUAAAGCAGACGCAGCUUCUCAGUAAGGACUUGUCAUCGUUUGAGAAGAAUCUUUCGACGUCUCCUCUUUCGUUGCAAGGCUCUAUCAGCACGUCGUUGACGUCGUUUCGCAAGACCGUCAAAGAGUAUGGUGAUUUGAUCAAACAGAAUGCUAAAGACCAAAGUAUCGCUAAACAUGACGCGCGAUUGGAGAGAUUUGAACAGGAGUUGGCAGACUUCACCCGGAAAUUCGAUGACUUGAAAGUUCAACGUGAGAGCACCAUUCAUGAAUCCAAUAGGCAAGAGCUUUUGGGCCGUCGUCAUACUCAGCAUGUUUCUGAUAAUCCAUAUGAUCAGACAGGGGGAUCCGAGCCGGCAUCCCAGCAACAACAACUGCAAAGCAUGGCGUACCUGGAAGGACUAUACAACGAGAAAAACGCUCUACAAAGAGGUUCACAGCAGUUGGACCAAAUCUUGGAGAUGGGACAGCAAGCAUUCGAGGAUAUAGUGGAGCAGAACCAAAUCUUACAGCAAUUGGGGGCCCGGUUUGAACUGAGCUUAAUGACUCUUGGCGUGAGCCAAACAACUAUAAGAACCAUUGAGAGAAGAGCCAGACAGGAUAAAUGGCUCUUCUGGGGUGGUGUUAUAAUUAUGUUUGUGUGCUUCUGGUAUAUAUUGAAGAUAUUUAGAUAG